CUUGUUCAUCGGUGGCCUUUGUUUCAAAUGGAAGCGAAAAAUGCCUUCUUGAAUGGGCAUCCGACUUAAGAAGUCCUUCUCUCGAAAAUGAUUUUUCAUCUCUCCGAGCUCAUCAAGUGCCGGCGACUAGUCCCUACGCAAUAAGAUUCUCUAAUCAAAAUGAUGUCAACUUCAACCCACCAUACCCACGUGCCAAAGGAGGAAAUCAUACCAAGCCAAUAGCUUAG